UGGGAGAGAGACCCACAAUUGUAUAACUUUAUUGGCACCGCGCACAACUUUCGCCCUACGUAGCAACUCACGUUCUGGUGCAUACGGGUUUACCCUGUGGGUAGAAUCCUCGAUUACCACGCUCAACAGACGGAUGCGCGAGUUUUCGAUUGAUCAAUCGUUGAGGGGGGGGGGGUAAUUGAUUUAAUCGAUUGCAUGGAGGUCGGUCGGCGAUGCCGAGCCGCCUCAUUCAUGGGCCGGGGCCUCCGCGACCUGGGCCUCGGUGCGGCCUGAGCGGGGGGAGAAGCCUGAAGUAGGCCGAAGUAGCGCGAUAUCGUUACCACUGUCUUGGGGGGCGUCAUUGUUAUCACUGCUGCUACAAUAACAGUGGCUUCGUUAUUAUAGUUGCGUUGAUGCUAUGAGUCAUGUUGGGUCUCCUGUCGUCGCGGCGCAACGGAGCGGACGAGCCGCCCAGGCUGCGCGUCGGCGAGUCCACGCGAAGGGUGUUCAACCUGGAGCUGAGCAGUGAGCGGGACGUGGAGUGCGUGCACAGCAGUGGCGUCAAUGUCCUCGACAUCGACCAAGCAGAAAAUAAGUAUAUGCUCUCUGGAGGAGCUGAUGGAGUGAUUGCCAUCUACAACCUGGAGAAUGUCUCCCAGAAACCUCAGUACACAUGCAAGGCCAUCUGCACAGUGGGCAGGUCCCAUGCACAUGUGCACCAGUACAGUGUGGAGACGGUGCAGUGGUACACCCACGACACAGGAAUGUUUCUGUCGAGCUCCUUUGACAAGACACUCAAGGCAUGGGACACCAAUGCUCUGGAGCCGGCAGAAAUUUACAUAUUUUCGGAAAAGGUUUAUUGUCACCAGUCUCCAAUUGCAAUGCAGCACUCCCUAAUUGCUGUUGGAACCAGUGGCAGCAAAGUGCAGCUGUGUGACCUGAGAACGGGCUCGAGCACUCGCAUCCUGAACGGUCACCGGAACGCGGUGCUCGCAGCUCGCUGGUCGACGCGGCACGAGUUUGUCCUGGCUACUGGAAGGUACCAGCCAAGUGAGCGCAUGCCGCACCAUACUGAAAUAAAAAUUGUUCACAUUCAGCGCCCUUGCACAAUGAAUCCUGGAAACCCCCACGCAUGUAUUAGAAAAGUGAACUACGGCCGGGUCAGCAACGGUUCCCGCAAAGGGGUGAAGUUCGCUGUGUCGGCAGACUGCUCGCCGGACCUCGUGUUUAUUCCGAUGGGCAGUCACGUAACUGCGUUUGAGAUCCACUCCGGGCGGGCACACACCCAGCUCAGUGGCCACUACAACAAGGUCAACUGCUGUGAAUAUUAUUCAGACUUCCAGGAGCUGUAUAGUGGCGGUAAUGACAGUAACAUCCUGGUCUGGGUGCCCUACAUGGGCAGGACUCAACCGGAGGAGGAAGAAACAGACAAGAAGUCUGGAAGAAAGCAGCGCAGUGGCUUCCAGGAUUCCUGGAGCAGUAGCGAUGAAGAUUAAGUUGGACGGGGACCACCAGCUGAUGAUGACGAUGAUGACAACGCAUGUAUGCGUAUUUUUUGUGCAUAUUUUUUUCUCUGAGUCCAGUUGUACAAUUUUUUUAUAAAGGUAAGAUAACGGGUUUACACUUUUAUACCAUGCGACGAUGGAGUCGAAUAAUGGCAUCUUAUCAUCGCACAUUAAAAAGUGUGAUAACUUUUUUGCUUUUACUAAGACGUGAGUAACUUAUACUGGGACAGUUUUUUUUGUUGUUCUCUUUAUUGUCCAAGUGGGUGUAGGUGCAAUGUCUUGAUCUGAAAGCUGCCUUAAUGGGUAGAGUUUAACUGGUUCCGGUUUAUUGAGCAGCAGAGCACGAAGCCAGCAGCAACUUAGUCCGUAUCCUUCAGUGUUUACGUGAAGGAGUACAGAGUAGUUUGUUACAUAUUGAUCCACACAAGUUUGACAGUAGCUUCCUGUUCGUUGAGUAGCACAGCCAAUAGGACUGGGGUGGGGUCAUAAAAUUUUGCUAUUACACUGUUGUGCUUUCCCCGCACUUUCGAUUAGCACGGUUGGCUACGUACAGUGCGACCAACAUACACACGUACAUACCUCAGCUGGGGUCUUCAAUGAUGGUUUGGCUAUGCAGACAGGUGCACAUCUAUGUUAAAACACGAUCAUUGCCAACUCGACGUGUUACAUUUGUAGUGGGUUCCAGUGACACGGAGACGGUAAAGUAGAGGCAGCACUUAUUUAUUUAUAACAAGGGGUCAUACUGAAGGGGUAGCGGCCCCUUCACCCAAAUACACUUAGGAAUAUCCCCCUAGGCGAUCUAGCCUAAGCCUAUGUUCCCCGGUUCCUCCAGCUAAGGGCUCUAGGGGAGGCUGUCUGAUCUGGCCCUGGUUAAGCGCAGAUCACGGCACCCCACCAACCAGACCGGCCCUUAGAAGGACGUCGGCUCUGUGGCUCCUGGGGCUGUACCACUGGCUUGCCCUGCCGAUCCUGAGAAGGACAGCGGUCAGGGGAGUCCCAGGGUUCUACUUAGCUGGUCUUCCUUCUUCCCUGGUACUUCAUUCUUGGCCCCAACACUCUGCCCCGAGCUCUCUCACUCCCCGCCUUUUAUACCCACAAACCACUGGGCGGGGCUGUAGAAGCGGACGUGGUUUUAGCCACCUAGGAUCACACCAAGGAUCGGCUGUACCUCUGCAUCUCACAACACCCCUACAUCACCCCCUCCCGUACAACUCGCAGCCGUCCCGGCUGUAACAACAUCAACAAUAAAAAUAUAACAAAAA